GACUAGACUUUCUUACGGGAAAUCAGAAAUGUUCAAAGAAAAUAUCUUAUUAGUGGAAAUAUGACUCGCAGAUCUAAUCUCGCGCUAGCUAUUACACGUAUUGGACGUGAUAUCCGAACAUAAAAGUAGUAUUUUUGCUGACAAUCCAGUAUUUAUUAUUGUCAAAGGUGUUAUGGAAAUUCUUAGUCAUGAAAUGCUUUUUUGUGAUUAUUGUUGUGUCUAUCUCUCUAAGUGAAAGUGUAUCCUUAAAUCCAGAAAGGGCAGAUUCCUCGACUGUUUCUAAGGGAAACGCGACAUCGGAGCAGAAAGUAUGGAACAUAAAACUUGACAUAUAUUUUUCAAAAACACUUCCGAGCUUGAUAAAAAAGGUCCACGGGGAAGACAUGCGGCUGCGAUGCGAGGCGACUAUGAACUUCACUCGCGUGGAGAAAACUACCAAGAACAAAGAAGGAGUGGAGACAUCGCAGGCAGAAUUGCCGCCCGACCAUAUCCUGCAGACGCUCAUGAAAAACGUAAAGAUGUACUGGCUCAAAGACACUAAAAUCAUCACCAACACCACUAGAUUAAAAAUAUUCAAUAGAAUGGACAAGAAAAACGGGACUUUAGGCACUCAUUUGAGGAUAAAAGACAUAGAUGACAGUGAUGAAGCCAACUACACCUGUGUCAUCAGACAAAGCUAUGAAAAGAAACAGACUACAAUGCUGAAAGUACUAAAAGAUGAUGAAAAUGAUGAACUACCUAAGUACACGUCAUUUCUACCAAGUGCAGAAGUGAACAAUCAACUGGAGAUGCUUAUUAAAACAACCCCUGACCUACUGUCUCAGGACAUCCGUUCACAGCAUGCUAGUGUCACCCCGGCCCCCAACACCACCAUCACUCGUAAACUGGAACCCAUCUGCCAGGAGUAUGUAGGCAAUGUGUGCGCAGCACACCUCAAGGGUCAGUUUGUGUACAUUCCUUACAACACAACUCAGCUGGCUGUAGAAGACAAACUAAUGAAAGCCCUGCAAGUCACAAAGUAUUCAAACGACAUCAGUUCCAACUGUGAGGGAUUUGCCUUGCCUAGUUUGUGUUAUUCAACAUUCCCUAUUUGUCGCAAUCCAAUUAUUACUAAUAACAACUUCUUUAGAGAGGCUAAACAAGUUUUUACACAACCCGCUUCAGUUGAUAGUGCAAAAGAUGAUACCCCAUGGGUGAUCUUUGAUAACUCGCCCGUAGGGCUCAUUCCACAGUUCAAUAGAAACCUCACAGCUCAGCCAUUUGAUUAUCGUUACAAUUCCACAGUCUUAAAGCGUGUCUGCAAACAGGAUUGUGAAAUAUUAGAAAAUGAGUUAUGUCAAACAGAAUAUGCUAUAGCCAAAAGACAUCCGCACAUCGGUCAACAGCUAACCUUGGAAGAAUGCCAGAGCUUGCCUGAAAAUGACUCUGAAUGCCUCAAAAUUGGUAUCGGUGACCUGAUGGUAUCAGAUGAUGAAUGCUACUGGGAGUAUGGCCAGGGCUAUCUUGGAAAAGUAAAUACUGCCGGAAAUGGGAUGGCAUGCAUAGAAUGGUCCAAGCAACUUAGGAUUAAGAUUUCUGAUUAUCCCGAAUUGACUGGUUUGCACAGUUACUGUCGGAACCCAGGGGGCAAAGAAGAGCAGCCCUGGUGCAUGGUGGACAAGGAGGGGAGACUCGAAGUACAACUCUGUGACAUUCCCAAAUGUGCAUUAAAAAUUUGGAUAUAUAUUGUUGUCAUAUUUCUGUUAUUGACUUUAUCAAUUGUGAGCUUCAUUGUUUGCUUAUGUUACAAGAAUAAAAACAAAAACAAUGCAGCUGCCAUAAGAGACAUCAAUUUGCCGAAUGCUGACAAGAAUAUAUAUGGUAAUUCUAGAUUAAAUUCUCCAAUAGAGAUGAGUGAAUUGUUAACAAAUCAAAAUAUUGCCAACCAACCUCACUUAACCAGGAACACAAGGGGGAAUGGUAUUCUCAGGAUCCCUCAGUACUCUCUAUCACAAAUUAAAUUUUUAGAAGAAUUGGGAGAGGGGGCUUUUGGAAAAGUCUACAAAGGGGCUCUCAAGAAGAACGGUGAAACACAUUAUGUAGCUGUCAAAGCACUAAAGGAAAAUGCGUCUGCAAAAACUCAAGCUGAUUUCAGGAGAGAAAUAGAUUUAAUUUCAGAACUCACUCACGACAAUAUAGUUUGCAUAGUGGGGGUAGCUCUCAGUGAAGAACCCCUGUGCAUGCUGUUUGAGUUCAUGGCUCGCGGGGAUUUGCACGAGUUCCUCAUGGGACGAGCACCUCCUUCAGGCAAGGGUCUGCCACCCAUGAGGCUCCUUAGCAUUGCUCACAACAUUGCAUCUGGAAUGCAGUACCUGGCAUCCCAUCAUUAUGUCCACAGAGACUUGGCAGCAAGAAACUGCCUGGUGUCAGAUGAUUUUGUGGUCAAAAUAUCUGAUUUUGGGUUAUCAAGAGAUAUCUAUAGUUCAGACUAUUACAGAGUACAAUCAAAAAGUUUACUACCAGUCAGAUGGAUGCCCCCAGAAUCCAUUCUCUAUGGGAAAUUCACUACAGAAAGUGACAUCUGGUCCUAUGGGGUUGUACUAUGGGAAAUUUACAGCUAUGGAUUACAACCCUACUAUGGGUACAGCAAUCAAGAGGUGAUAGCGAUGGUCCGCGGCGGCGAGCUGCUGGCGGCGCCCGCCGCGUGCCCGGCGCCCAUGUACGCACUCAUGCGCGACUGCUGGAGGCACAUGCCCCAGCGGAGACCCAACUUCGAGGAGAUUGUAGUCAGGAUACAAGGCUGGAUCACAACGGGCGGCUGCCCCGAAACAGCCGCGUCCGAGUCCGGCAGCAGCGAGUGCGGGCGCGGCUCCGCGCGCGAGCUGCAGGAGCGCGCCCCCCUCCUCCCGCCGCACUGCUCCGCCUCCAACGGCUCGCUCCCCACCGGCAGCCUCAAGAAGCUCAGCGUCGCCGGCUCCAGCUCCAGGGUCGACGAGACCUGCUCCACCUGCAGCGAGGGCCCCCCGCUCGCCCCCAAGAAGAAGCACAGCUCCGGAUCUCUCAUCGAUGACCGCGGGACUAAGGAUACCGUCGUCAGGAUACAGAAUACUCAGUACGGUAACGAGAUAUAGUCCCAUUUUUAGUUACCUAACGAAAGUUUGCAGGGAAGUUUUACGCGGAUAAUUUUGUUACAACUCAAGUCUUGCGGAAUUCAAUCACGGAAUUUUCCCAAGAACAUAUUUAACAUACCUACAAUUUAGCUAUGCACGCACGCGAGGAAUUGUCGUGUGUCCACACUAAUUACCCAUAGUUACAAUGUACCUGCCCGAUUUUCUAAAUCCGCAUUCUGGAAUAUAUAUGUUACACUGAAUUUAUCCUAGCAACAUCCUAAUAGUUUCUUAGUUAGACGAAUGAAGACUCCAAGCAGCAGUUUUGAGCAGUUAUUGUGUUGUUAAGUCAAUUUUGAUGGCGUAUGGGGGAGUUUUUAUGGCGUAAUGUUUAAUUCCGGAGCGCCCCGGAUACUCUACAUUAAAUAAACAAACCUCGACAAUGGGAACACUAUACUCUGAUAUGUUGGAGUGAACUAACGUAUUAAAUAUUCCAUUUUAUCACAACACAUAAAAGGGCAUUAUUAGAUACAUAAAUUACAUCACAUAGAACCAAUGAAUGUAAGAAAAAUAGAAUUUACAAGCUUUAUACACAUAGGCCAUAAUAAGGCAUUCACAUCAUAUCAAUAGAUAGACGCACGCAUCUGUCAGUUUACUCCAACAAAUAUAAACAGUCUUUCAAAAUCGUCGUAAAAAAGCAGCUACAUAGAUGUCGGAAGUAUUUAUUAUAGUCGUAGCUUUAAAACGAACAUUUCGUACUUUCCGUUUUAAAACAGAGUGAUGAAAAAUAGAGAAUAAACAGCUGUGUAAUAUAUAUUAUAAACAACUUAGCAUAAGUAUAUGUUAGUAUUUAAUUCGUCGGUAUCUAAUUAACGAAUUGUUGUCAGUACCUUUUGUAUUGCCCUUUUAUAGAAUAUUUUCUAAGUUCCUGCCAUUACACUAUAUUUGGUAAUUUUGUAACUAAAUGUUGACUGGUAGCUAUAAUUCCAUGUUAUUUAUUGUACUUAAUUAUAAGAACAGUGUCCGACCAACCAUCAUAUUCAUGUCAGUAUUAUUUUUACAAAAUUUUAUAAAUAAUAUGGGUAGAUUGUACCUACAAGUAUACAUAUUAGGGCCCAUUUAGACGGUACGAGAACUUGCAUACGAGUUUUAUUACAUUGCGGUAUUUGAUGGAUCUGCAAAAUUGUGUGACCUCAUUGACCCGCAAUGUAACUAAAAUCGCAUGCGAGUUCGCACGCCGUCUAAAUCAGGCCUUAGUCACGGAAAAACGCUACUUCAAAGAAAAAUAUCCCUUAGUAGUGGGUAUGGAUGGAGCCAAAUGCACAAACACUUACGAUAAUAUCUAAUAUAUCUAUCUCUAUCGCUCUUCCGUAUUGGCGCGACAAAGGCAGACGUCAACGACUGUCAU